AUAAGAAAAUGGAGAAGAAAUAUAAUUGAAAUAUACUCCAUAUAGCUUAACGGAUAUAGGAGUUGUCUGGUAGUGUGAGGAGUGAACACAAAAGCGCAACAGAUGAGUGUUGCAAUGGCAACAAGGCCGUUACGGUUAGUUAAACCAUACACUUACGCACUCUUUUCUUAUCUCAAUGCUUCAACACCUAAACCUUCCUUUCUCCGUCCAUUCUCCUCCCAUCGCCGCCGUUUCUUCUGCUCCGCAACUCUUCCUUCCGGUGCCAACGACACCACCACCAAGGUUCCACAAUUCCGUAAGAAGCUUAAAGUCUCCGAUGUCAAAGACGACCAAUUCGAUUCCCUCGGCAACACUCUCGUCCUUCAGGGAUGGGUUCGCACUCUUCGCCUUCAAAGUAGCGUCACUUUCCUCGAGAUUAACGAUGGUUCGUGUCUUUCGAAUAUGCAAUGUGUGUUGGACUCUGAGGUUGAAGGUUAUGAUCAGGUAGAGUCCGGCUUGAUUACCACGGGUGCUUCUGUGUGGGUGCAAGGAGUUAUGGUCAAAAGCCAAGGAACAAAACAGAAAGUGGAAUUGAAGCUCAACAAAUUAGUGCUGGUUGGUAAGAGUGAUCCCUCCUUUCCCAUCCAAAAGAAGAGAGUCACCAGAGAAUUUUUAAGAACAAAAUCACAUCUUCGUGCAAGGACAAAUACUUUUGGUGCAGUUGCAAGGGUUAGGAAUGCAUUGGCCUAUGCUACGCACAAGUUCUUCCAAGAAAAUGGGUUUGUAUGGGUCUCAAGUCCUAUUAUCACAGCUUCAGAUUGUGAGGGAGCGGGUGAACAGUUUUGUGUUACUACCUUGAUACCAAAUUCUCAUGAAACCGCUGAUUCUCCAGUUGAUGCUAUUCCCAAAACAAACAACAAAUUAAUUGAUUGGUCAAAAGACUUUUUUGGAAAACCAGCAUUUCUGACCGUUUCAGGUCAACUUAAUGCGGAAACUUAUGCUACUGCUCUUUCUGAUGUGUAUACAUUUGGUCCCACAUUUCGAGCAGAAAAUUCUAACACUUCAAGGCACUUGGCUGAAUUUUGGAUGAUUGAGCCGGAGCUUGCAUUUGCUGAUCUAAAUGAUGACAUGGCUUGUGCAACUGCCUAUCUCCAGUUUGUAAUAAGGCACAUUCUUGAUAACUGCAAGGAAGACAUGGAGUUUUUUAAUACAUGGAUUGAUAAAGGAAUAAUUGAUCGAUUGAGUGAUGUAGCAGAAAAAGACGUUUUGCAAAUAACUUACACUGAAGCGGUAGAUCUGCUGUCACGAGCAAAUAAGAAAUUUGAAUUUCCGGUGAAAUGGGGCUGUGAUCUGCAGAGUGAACAUGAGCGUUAUAUAACCGAAGAGGCUUUUGGUGGAUGCCCUGUUAUAAUUAGAGACUAUCCAAAGGAUAUCAAGGCAUUUUAUAUGCGACAGAAUGAUGAUGGAAGGACAGUUGCAGCCAUGGACAUGUUGGUUCCAAAGAUUGGUGAACUUAUUGGUGGAAGCCAAAGAGAAGAACGACUUGAUCAUUUAGAAGCACGUUUAGAUGAUUUGAAGCUCAAUAAGGAUGCAUAUUGGUGGUAUCUUGAUUUGCGGCGUUAUGGUUCAGUUCCUCAUGCAGGAUUUGGUUUGGGAUUUGAAAGACUUGUCCAGUUUGCAACAGGAAUGGAUAAUAUAAGAGACGUCAUUCCUUUUCCUAGAACACCUGGCUCGGCUGAGUUCUAAAGCAGAUUUAUUUGGAAUCCGCAUUCUUUGACUGUUUUGUUUUAAAAUUAUUUUAAAACUAAAUAAAAAUUAUUUGGUGAUGUUAAUUUAAAAAUGAUUUUAGAGUAACAAAACAAUAUUCUUUAUAUCUAGUGAUAAUAUAAUUAUGUUGUAUUUUAAUUUAGUUGAAUAACUUUUGUUAA